GAGUGUGGGAGGGAGGCAGGAAACAGGUGUAGUGUGGUAACGCUGAGCUCCAGGAUAUGUUGACUGCUUGAUAAGGUUAGUGAGGAGGUAGAGUGUCCAAGAGGCUGACGCCGCGCGCACUGCUGCAGGGAAGCUAUAACUCUACGUCCCCGAAGUGGGACGUCGAUAAGAUCAAAGGAUGAGGCUUCGAGGGACAUUGUUGUGGGUGGUGGUGGUGGGCGUUGUGUGGGUGGUGGUGGGCGUGGUGACGGCCCAGCAGCAGCAGCAGCAGCAGCAGGAGGUAGAGAAGUGCCACGCUCAGAGGAAAUGUGUUGAUUGUAUCCAGACACCUGACUGUAUGUGGUGCUCUAAGCUUAAGAACGAGAGUGAACAGAGAGUGGCCCGGUGCCAGCACAUCACAGCUGAUCCCACCACCUUCUGCGACCCUGCCCACCUUGAGAACAUCACUAACUCUGUAGUCAUCACCCAGGACACCCCUCUCACAGUUGCAGGCAACGAGAACACAGGAAAGAGUGCAGGAGAGGCAGAUAAGAUUGUUCAGUUAAGGCCACAGAGGAUGAAGCUCAAAUUACGCAAAGGAGUUCCAAUAAACGUAACGUUGACUUACCGUCAAGCCCGAGACUACCCGGUGGACCUCUACUACCUCAUGGACCUCUCCAACUCCAUGAAAGACGACAAGAAACAGCUGGCAGCUCUGGGGAGCGAACUUGCCAAGUUGAUGAAGAGCCUCACCUCUCAGUUUACCCUCGGCUUCGGCUCCUUUGUUGACAAGGUCCUCAUGCCGUUUGCUGAUACUGCACCUGACAAACUGGAAGCACCAUGUGCGGGUUGUGCCCCUCCUUACUCCUUCAGAAAUGACCUGCCUCUCAACGGUGACCCCAAACAGUUUACGAUAAAGGUAGAGGCAGCACCGAUCUCGGGCAACAUGGAUUCUCCCGAAGGCGGGUUCGAUGCCCUAAUGCAAGUGAUGGUGUGUACGGAGCAGAUUGGGUGGAGGGAGCAGGCGCGUCGCAUCGUCAUCUUCUCCACUGACGCCAAGUUCCACCAUGCAGGAGAUGGCCGGCUGGCGGGCAUUGUCGCUCCCAAUGACGAAAGAUGCCACCUGAACCACCUCCAUGAGUAUUCAGAUUUUAACAUAUAUGACUAUCCAUCUAUUGCCCAGAUUAAUAAGAUAGCGAAAGAGAAGAACAUCAACGUGAUCUUCGCGGUGUCGGCCCACGAGCUGUUAUACAAGGAGCUCUCCGGCAUGAUAGAGACCUCCUCCUACGGCAUGCUCGAAGCUGACUCGCGCAACGUGGUCGAACUCGUCCGAGAACAAUAUAAUAAAAUCUCGUCGACGAUGCGGCUGACGGACAACAGCACCAACUCUGCCGUCAGCGUGCGUUACUUCUCCAGCUGCAAGGGGGGCGGCGCUCCCGUUCUCACCAAGGAGUGCGGCGACAUCAAGGAAAACGACACUAUCGACUUUCUCCUGGAAAUCACGGCGAGUGAGUGCCCCACGGACGCCAACUCCACCAUCGUGGAGGUGAAGACUCUUCAAGACAACCUUAUCCUUGAGAUUGAGUUUGAGUGCUCCUGCAACUGUGCCGACCCGGAGUUUGUGGAGGAGGACUCUUUGGCGUGCAAGGGUGCUGGCGACCUGGUGUGUGGUGUGUGCGCCUGCCACCAGGGCUUCAGAGGCGAGGUCUGCCAGUGUAGCAACGAGAACUCUGAUAACAGUGAGAGUGACACGCAGCUGUGCCAGGCGAAGGAGGGGGAGAAGGUGUGCUCGGGACUAGGCUACUGCAGCUGUGGGAUGUGUGUCUGCAACGAUAAACCCGUGGUGCACGGGACGUACUGUGAGUGUAACAGCCGCAAGUGUCAGUCCGGGGUGGGGAGCGAGUGUUCAGGCCACGGGACCUGUGACUGCAACAAGUGCCGCUGUGAACAAGGCUACACUGGCGACCUCUGCCAGUGCAGGGAUGACUCGGCCUGCAGGCCCCAAGGUUCACAGGAGACGUGUUCUGGGCACGGCAAGUGUGACUGUGGCAAGUGUAAGUGUUCCCAGCAGCACGGCGUCACUUACACUGGCCAGUACUGUGAGGAUUGUCCGGUGAGUCUUACCAACACAACAAUAAGGGGAGCCUGCUCCUCCUGUUGGCCCAUACGAGGCUGCUCCUAUUUAUAUCUACCCAAACUCAAAAUAAAUAACUGUCCUAACUGCACCAUCGAGUCUGUUAAAAUUGAUACAUUAGACGGUCAGGUGGCCACGGGUGCCCGUCUGUGUACCUUUGAGGACGAGGAAGGCUGCCUCUUUAACUUCACAUACCGCUACAUAGAAUCCUCGGAGACGAACCCUCAGCAGUACCAGGUCUUCGUGCAGAAAGAGAGGCAGUGUCCACAACCCCCUCCAGUACUGGGUAUCGUCUUCGGCCUGGUUGCGGCCAUUGUGGCAAUUGGGUUUUUGACUCUGCUGAUAUGGAAGCUCCUGACCACCCUCCAUGACCGCAGGGAGUACGCCAAGUUUGAGAAGGAGAGGGAAAAUGCCCAGUGGGAAGCGGCAGAAAAUCCCCUAUACAAGAGCGCGAAGACCACCUUCCAGAACCCGGCGUUCGCACAGACCAAGUAAACCUGGAGAGAAAAGCUGCUUCAGCUGGUGGUGCACCUCAUACAGCUGGUGGUGCACCUCAUACAGCUGGUGGUGCACCUCAUACAGCUGCUGGUGCACCUCAUACAGCUGGUGGUGCACCUCAUACAGCUGGAGGUGCACCUCAUACAGCUGGAGGUGCACGUCACACAGCUGGAGGUGCACCUCAUACAGCUGGUGGUACACCUCAUACAGCUGGUGGUGCACUUCAUACAGCUGGAGGUGCACCUCAUACACCUGGUGGUGCACCUCAUACAGCUGGUGGUACACCUCAUACAGCUGGUGGUGCACUUCAUACAGCUGGAGGUGCACCUCAUACACCUGGUGGUGCAUUUCAUACAGCUGGAGAUGCACGUCACACACCUGGUGGUGCACUUCAUACAGCUGGUGGUGCACCUCAUACAGCUGGUGGUGCACCUCACACAGCUGGCUAAUCACUCCAAAUGCCUACCAAUUAAUAGGUUUUUUUCUUAAAUGUUGAUGAAAAGUUGAGAUGAAAGCAUAUGAAGGAUAACCAGUAUACCGUCUGCUCGACACGGGUGUGUAGUACACAAAGCUUAAAGUCUUGUGUCCACAAUUACAAAAAUCCCUACAACAAAGUGUUGUUAAGUUUUGUUUACCUUAGAAUUGGGGAAUACACUCUUAACAGAUCCUGUAUUUAUUUAUCAAGAAUUUCAUGUGUGAUAGGUGAUAUAUGUCGACAGUACUUGUGCUGUGUUCUCAAGCUGUGUCACGAAUGAAGUCACGAAGAAAAAGUCCGAAUAUAUACGUACAGUCUAUAAUUUAGUCCAAUAUAGAAAUGUAAGUACAAUAAAACAAUUAUAUUUAGAGUGUUGGCGGGCUGAUGUGUGUACUUACCUAAGUGUAGUUACAGGGCGAGAGCUACGCUCGUAGUUUCUCAUAUUUCAAGUACUCUUUCUCGUAUAACUUUGAAACUACUGAUGGUUUUAGCUUCCAAAACUUUCUCUCUUGACUUGUUCUAACCGUCUACCACUGUGUGUGUGUGGGGGGGGGGGGGCAAGGGGUAGGGGGGCUGGUGUGUAUGUGUGGUCGGGCAGGAUGGCCUUUGUUAUGAAUAAGGGUAGCAGGCAUGUGGGUGUGAGGGUAGUUCAUGUGGACGGACUUGGUCCGACUGGUGGUCGGGAAGGCUGGCUUGUUCUUGUGAGUGUGGCAACGGUUGUGUGGUUGGUCGGGCGUUCCAGUCUUCUGUGGUCUCAUUGUGGGUGAACAGGAAGGCGUGUUCAUGUGAGCUUCAGUUGUUGGUGACAGGUAAUUUCUCACUUACCGUCUCAUUACAAGGCCAGUGAUUCAUCUUCAGUAUAAGUUGCAAUCCACAAUAUACCAUGGAUGGAGGGGUGGAUUGUUACCAAAGUACCUUAAUGGCGCUCCAGGGAAGGUUUCAAGUUUUAGUUCGUUCGGUACCAAUUAUACAUACCCAACUGAAAUUUGGUUGGACACCUGUAAUUGGUUCCCAACUGAAGUUGGGUUGGGUAUAUAGGUUCUUCUGGGCAUCCUGCUGUGGGUCAAAAAAUAAAUUUAUAAACUCUAAACACAGCCUUAUAUAUAGAUUAUGCACGCAUGAGGAAAAUGUAGUUGCUUUUCCCUGAUUAGAGGGCAAGAGAAUCUGGUCGUGUAUACAUACUGGUCAACUGGAGCCACGGGUGGGGUGUAAACUGGUAGUUGUGUUGGUAGAAGAACCUACCUCGAUCCUUAUAAUACCUUUCAAAGUAUUCAAAAAGUUGCUUAUUUAUAUAUACAUAAAGUAAAUUUGUGUAAUUCUCAUACAUUGACAAAAUCUGUGGGUGAACUGCUAGUCAUAUUACAUCAUGACAUGUUUCAAUAUUCUCCUGUUGAUAUAUGACAAAGUUGUUUUGUUCUUCAUUGACAUGGCAUGAGUGAUACAUAUAUAUGUAAUUAUGAUAUUGGCCAGUGUCUUGGAGACACGCUGAGGUGGGAAGCCACUAGACCAACUAGUACCUUGUAUGGCCAGCCUGUUAUAAUACAUUUUAAGCACUUGUAAGACAAAUGAGUGGAAAGGGCCACUUCAAAAUAACCAAGAUCUCUUAUGGAAAUUUGGUUUCAAAAGGAUUCUAGACCUACAUGAUUAUUUUAAAGUAAUAGAAUGCCAGUUGAUUUACCAUUAGGACCAUAUACAGGUACAGUAUUACUAAUACUUCUAUGUGUUACACUAUUCUAAAAUGGCUUGAGAAAUAUCCCUUAGAGUUUCAACCAAUUUUGUUAUGAAUAAAUAGUUUUCCCCUAAAUAUAGUGUUAUAUAGGUAAACUUUCAGAGUGUAUAAUUUCGUAACUGAAACUAGCAUGGUUUACAGGGAAUGGAAAUAUUUUCUUAAAUAUAAGUUUGAAUUAAGUAGUGACAAUAAAUUUCUUUCUUCUAUGCAUUAGUAGCAAGCAGCCUGAAUAGUACUGUGCCCAAUUGUCUCCCUUUCUGCCCUAGUCACUGAAGAGGAGUGUGAUAAUAUCAUAGUCGCUUUUCUGAUAUCGGUUACCUUCCUGUACAAAACUAUUAAGUAAGAAUUGUUAAAAUAAACAAUAUGCCAAGAUGUCCAUAUUACAAUUGUGAGGAGGGACCUCACAUAUAAUUUUUCCCUUGAUGGACCUGGAGAUUUUAUUAUUUGGAAAGACUUGUAUGAAGUACCUAAUAAUAUUAUCCAUACAUUUACUUAA